CCUGCCCGGCGCCGCGCCCGCCCCGCCUCAGCCCGGCGCCCUCCGCCGCUCCCGCCAUGCGGCUCUGGGUGCUCCUCAGCCUGCUGCUGCUGCAGGAGACGCUGCCACACGUUAUUGGACAGCCUUUGAAGAGUAAGCGUCCAAAAGAACCUGGUGAAAACAAAAUAAAGCCUGUUAACAAAAAAGUAAAACCCAAAACCCCCAAAAUGAAGGAGAGAGAAUCUGCUGACUCCUCUUUGAAGUCCCAGUCCAUACUGACACAGGUGAUGGAUAAAGGUCGUUUCCAGAAGGUAGCUGCCACUUUAAGCCUGUCUGCAGGACAAAGCAUAGAACUGCGAUGUAAGGGGAAUAAUGUUACUUGGACCUAUCCUUCAUACUUAGACACCUUUAAAGACUCCAGACUCAGUAUAAAGCAGCUUGACAAGUACAGUCAGCUGAUCCUCACGAACUCCACUGCCGCAGACACGGGCGAAUAUAGCUGCUGGCUUCAGCUGUGCAAUGGUAACAAGUGCAGGAAGGAUGAGACUAAAACAGGCUCAACAUACAUCUUUUUCACAGAUAAAGAAGAACUUUUUGUACCUACUCCCAGUUAUUUUGAGAUUGUCUACCUGAACCCAGAUAAACCUGCAGUCAUCCCAUGCCGUGUUACUACUCCUUCAGCAAAAGUAACUCUACACAGGGAAUUUCCAGCAGAAGAAAUUGAAACAGAUGGAACUGAUAUUAUUUAUGAUGUGAAGAAAGGUUUUGUCUACCAGCACCCUAUUUCUGAUCAUAAAGGUAUCGUCUACUGCAAAGCAGAGUCGCAGGGAGCACCUCAGAUUUCCAUCAAGUAUCACCUACUGUAUGUGGAAGUUCCCAAGGGUCCCCCUUCAACCACAAUUGCAGCAUCAUCCAGUAGAGCAGAAGUCGGUGACAGCGUUCAUGUCACCUGCACAGCCCUGGGGGAGCCAGAUGUAGAUGUGAGCUUCAGGUGGCAGUACCCGGGGCAAGAGUCUGAGAGACCUGUGAUUAUCCAAAACUUCUGGAGAUUGAUAAACAGAGGAACAGGACAUACCACAAGAAUCUCAAAGAGCAUUCUUCUUGUUGAGGAUUUUGAAGCCAGAGAUGUUGGAAAUUACAUUUGUAUAGCUCAGAACCUACAAGGAGAAACGACGGUAGCUACUAAAGUGGAACUAAAUAGACAGGAAAGACUUCUGGAAGUACAAUGAACUGUAUGUUAUUUGACAUUAUAGCCAUUUAUUUUCUCUAUUAUGUUUAAAUGAAGUUCUCUCUAUCAGUGUCUCUUUCAUAUGUCAACGCAUUCCAUAUUUACUAGCUCAGCAGGCCACAACAGAGUUCCCUAUGCCCAGCAGUAGUCAGCUGUGAGCUAAUAGAACUAUGAAGCAUUAAUUCUUAUGCCUGAACAUGCAUAGGGUUUAUUAUAUUUAGGAAUAGGUGCUCUUGGUCUUUUUCCUCUAACUGUUUCCUAAGGUUAACCCACUGUAUGGUUUCUGCCUUUUUUGGGUAUGUGAUAUCAAAUAUCCUCAAAAAUCUACCAAACAGGUGGAUUUCUUCUGGUGCUGAAGGAUUUUGAAGUUUUAGAGUACUGUACAUGUUUAAAAUAACAACAAAACAAACCCCAAAAAAAAGUAGUUUCAGUCUUAGCCAAUAGCAGAUGUUUAUUUUGCAAGAAUAAUUAAAUUUCUGAACAUUACGUAAAUGUGUGUGUACGUGUAUGUGUGUGUGUUCAUUUCAUGUAUGUAUAAAAACUUAAACAAAUUAUAUUCUCACUCCUGGGGAAGAUUAAUACUAAAUAUAUAUUAUGGUGCUAGAAGGGUAUCUCCAGAGACUUGUAAGUGGUUGGAUUUUCCUUAUAAUAUGUAGCUGAGAGUUCACUCCUCAACAGAUGUAUGGUGUUAGUUUUACUAAAAUAUGUAGCAAAUCAUGUUUGCUAAAGGUAAAACUUGCAUUUAUUUACACAGUAUCAUUUACAGGAGAAAAAACCCACAAAUGUAACAUUAGAAUAAUAUUCGAUUAUACAGCAGAAUCUCUUUUCAGGUUAAGAGCAAGUCCAACUCCAUUGUAUUAAUUUACCUAGGAGAAAAUAAAAGAUACUUCAUUUACACAAAACUGUAUCUGGAUAAAUAUGCAAGUGCUUCUCUCACCCUGGGUUUAGUUAUCAAUACAAGGGAAGAGACUUUGCAGAGAAAAAGUAAGAACUUAAUAACAAUGUUGUUGGAUGUUCUGGCAAUGUUCUGUUUUUUCUUCCUAGCCUCAAGCGCAGAGUCUGUGUAUGCUAGAACUUCCAAUACAUGUCUACUCAGUAGUGUAGUUGUGUGACAAAAAAAAGUCUUCAUGCAAGCCAUUUUAGUUACAAGGCAUGUGAAAACCAGCAUAUUCUGAGCAUACAAGGAACCAAAGCAGGAACUGGUCCAUUGCUUGCACACUUCAGUGUGCCCGGAAUUCCUGAAGCGUUCUUCUGGUGAAGGCUUGAAGCAAGCCCUUUGCUCCGGGUAAUUCAAACCUCUGAGCAGAUGUGUACAGUACUGUUUGGAGUAGUGAUAUCUAGCAAGUACUAGUGUAAAAAUGGCAGCUUUCUCAAUAAUGUCAUUAACCUGGUUAGUAGCGUAGCAAAGGAAGCACUGAACAACUUUGCUGGAAGUUUUUUCUUCAGCAUGCGGGAACCUAAACCAAUAUAACCGAUGAUAAAUACCCAUGGUAUAGACUGAAAUGGCUCUGUGCAUGUCUCAUGAAACAGGCUUCAUGGAGAACCUCUGGAAACAAGAGAGCUACAAAAACCAAAAAAUUAAGUAUAGCAAACAAUGGGACCGAUGGUAGAGGCGUAAGAGGCAGUCCCUUGUUAAAUCUCUUUUUUCAUUGCUAUUAAAAGGUAUCAAGAAUGUUAUGCUGUUACCCAAAGGACUAGGUAGUUGUUACACAAUUUGAUAGUAAUACCUACAAGAGGUAUUUGUACCAGUAUUUUUUUUUUUUUAGGUAACACUUCAGUCUGACCAAAGCAACUUUAACAAUCCCUGAGCUUCAGGAUGAGGCUGUGCAAUGUAUUCAUUCUUUUUUAGCAUUUUAAUUUAUUGGAACACUCUAUUUCCCUUUGAACUAUGGGAUCUGUGCCAGCUUCUUACAUUUCAAAGUGCUUUUGAGCGUUCAAUUCAACAACUGAUUUCCUUUAAAAUUCCUAGCAAGUGGGGGAUGGUGCCACCUGUUCAGACUUGUGCAACAGCACAGUAAUUUAGGUGGUUGCAUCACUUCCUUGACUGACAGUUUGGCAGGAGAGGAAAAGACCAGGUAAAGCCAUGGCUGCAUUGUUGCUUGAGUAGUCUCCCUCAGGUUUAAUGGUCGUGUGUACUGAGCACAUGCAGCUCUCAAGAUUGAUCCUAACUACCGAAGCAGUGCCUUUAAAGAAGAAUUUUUGGUGGUGUGUCAUGUUUCCUGCCCCUCCCCCCCCCCCCCAUUGCAAACAUCAAAAUAAUUCUCACCAUUGUAAGCUAUGAGAAAUAUUUUACUAUAUAUUUUAAAUAGUUCUUAUUUUACCAAAAGCCUUCUGGGCAGGCCUGAUUCUUUUUACAUUAAUGCAGUUACACAUUUCCACCUAAAUGAACAGUGACACAGGGCAAGAGAAUGAAGCCUGGGAAAUGAAAUUCCAGGGACUUGUCAAAGUCACAUGCCUAAACGUGCCAGUAUUGCUAUUUCUAUUUCCAUACUUCAGUCGCUGCUCUGCUAAGGCAAGGCCUCAGCAAUGGACAGAAGGUCCUUGUUUAAGGGUUCAAGGAUUAUUCCAAUUUUCUGAGAACCUUUUUAACUCCAGCUCAGCCCUAACUGAUUUACUGGCUGUUAGGCAACUACAGUUUUAAAGAUCAGUGGCUACUUACUGUCAAGAAAGAAUUUCCUGCAUGAAUUGCACGAUACCAGUUUACAUGCAAGUGUCUUAGGUGUUUGUAAUGUGAAACUUGAAGUCUUCAAUUAGCAUAAGGAAAUGAUUCAUCCUAAAUUUUACAGCAAGUAGUGCAACUCAUACAAAGACCUUUAGAGAAGAGCAUUGAAGGGAGGUGAACCAUGUUAUGAAUAGUCUGAAUGGCAACAAACUCUAUGGUACAGAUAUCUCACUAUAACUUCCUUUGAAACUUGUCAUUAGAGUUGGAACUACUAGUUAAGGGUGAGUAUCCGAAAAAAAAUCACUUCAUGGCUUGAUUUUAAUUGAUUGGUUAGCACUAGACCUUUGGCAUAUAACUGUGGUGAGCAGGUUUCUGGCUUUUCCUGAAGGAAACUUUAUGCUAAAGAAAUUACCAAAAAAUACACAGAAGUUACUGCAUCAAACAAAACCUUUACUAACAUAUGGUAUUUUAAGUUAAAGCUUGAAACAUUAAUACUCAAACACUGAAACAGUGCUUGUAGAUGAAGGGAAUUAUUUAGUUGUUUUGGACCAACAGGACAAACACUGAACAGUUAUUUCUGUAGUCUGAUUUCUAUAUAGAAGGAUUCUUCAGUUCUUUGUAAGAGCAUUAAAGAUUCUACUUGCAAGAAUUUUAGAGGUGAGGAGUCUCCUUUACUUGGGAGGGAGACUCAACAAAUUAACAGUCUUUGUAUUAUUUACUAUACCGUACUCUUCUGUACUGCUAGCCUGGAGAAGCCUUCCCCUUCUCUCUGUUACACGAAGAGGUAUGCAUUAUUUGAUCUUCAGCCAUCCAUACAUACUCUUCUUGCAUGUUUUAUUUGAGGCACUAAACAUUUCAACUAAGCUAAUAAAGUUCUUCACAGUGGCUAGACAACUGUUCUUGUGACGUGACCUGUUAGAUUGCUGAGCUCUAGGUGGCUUUUCUCACACACAAAGUUUCCUGAAUCAGGUGAGCAUUUUAAUAAGAUGAGUCCUGUAGGAUGCUGUUACCAGGCAUAUAUGCACAUUGUAUCCCUAUAUUAAGCCAACUAUACUCAAGUAUUUUUUUAUUGCUUAAUUCUGUAAUGUUACCUCUUUUUUUUUUUAAACAGCCAACUCAAACUGAAUUGCUAAUCACCACAAGCAAGCUCUGUGUAACUUCUACCUACGUUAGAGUAGCAAAGGUAGAGUUAAAAUUUUCUGAGGGUUAGCUGAACAUUAAUAAUUUGUGCAGUGAAGCUUCACUAUUGCUGUUCUGCUGUGCUGAGCAGGUACUAAUUGGUUUUCGCAUUUGGAGGAAUGUUCCUCCUUAGAUUAAAGAUCAUUUGCUAAUACAAGCAGGAGAAAAACCCUUCCAUCAGUACAAAAAAAAUUUAUUUUUUAAGCAUUCAGCUCAAAUACAUCUGAUCAAAUCUCUUUGACCAUAGAAGAUAAGAAUGUUCCAAGAUAUACUUUAAGCCAAGUUUUAGCCCACAGAGUAUUUUCUUAGUUAAAUUUGAAGCCCCUAGAAAGCAUUAAGUACUGACACCACUAACAAGUGGUAUGUUCAGUGCCCUAAAGAGAAUUAAAAGCGACCAUAAUGUUCCAUAGAAAUGGCACCCUUAACUUGUACAUUAUGGAAAAUUAAGUAAAUUUAAUGAUUAAAUCAUCUUUUAUUACAAGUUUACUUACUGUAUGAGCACUGUUAACAGUCUUGUUUAUAUGUCUGUGUUCCUCAUUAUUAGCCAGGAUUUUUCAAGUCUUGGGUAAAAUGGUUUGAAGUGGUUCUCCAGUUGAGCUCCCUAAACACUUUCCAGCCCCUUGACUCCUGUCCCCAAGCUACUGAAAAACACAGGGAAAUGCAGCAGGUAAGAUACAAUUUGCCAUAACAGUUCCCAGUACAGCCAGCUAACAGCAUCAGCUAAACAGCAGUAUAGCAAUGGUCCUGGCAGUGGUGCCGUAAAACCCAAGCUAUUGGGAGCAGAGAUAGUGUUUUGCAAUACUAAUUUUAACUUGUGUUUAGUAGGGACAUCUUAAACAGGUCUGACCAAGGGUGGAGCGAGGCUACGCAAUUACCUUGUUGAAGCUCAAGCUCAGUGUGUGACACUUCCAGAAACGCUGACACCCUCAGACUGCAGUUCCAUUUUUUUCCCCUACUCUACAGAAUCUCUUGUACAGGUUCUUUUGCCAGACGAACUGGCAGAACAGUGAUAUCCUGCAGUCUAAGAGGGAAGGUAUGGCAGAAUUAAAUACACAGCUACCACCUUCCCCUUCAAGUGAAUUUAGUCAACCCUGAAGAAUGUUAAUACAAAUGCUAAUGCUUAAAAAGACAGUGUGUCACCAGAUACACUGGAAUUCACAAAUUAAGGUUUCUCUUGAGAACUGAGUUAAGAAAGCACCUAAUGACAAUUAUUGCAUUUUUCUCUUUGGCUUUCAAAUCUGUAUCUAGUUUAUCCUCAGCUGUCAGCCUCCGCAAUGUACAGUCUGUUCUGGAAAAAUAAGCGAUUCCAUUUCAGCAGGUAAGAUAAGCCUAGGUUUCUAAACCUGCAAUUCAACUAGUAACUUCUGACCUUGAGAGCUCCCGUGGUUUUGUCUAUGACCCUGUUGACUUGAAAACCAAAGUCCACUGUAUCCUGCAAAAGGAGCCUCCUUGUAAAUGGCAGAGCUGUGCAUGAACGUUAAACCAAGAAUCCAUGCAAAAUAUGGCUGCAAUUCAGCUUGUUUUUAAAAUUAAUUCAAAGUUGCAUACUCAGGUCAGCCAAGACACUAAUGAGUCAGUUGACAAAGCUUUUCAUGCCAUUUUUUUUUUACCAAACCGAAGCACAGAAAGAUGGAA